AUGGGAGGUAUCCGCCCGCCCGACGGGCUCCGGAGAGAACACCUGUUAGCCGUGUACGCCUACACUGACAGCGUAAGCAAUAAAUUCUACGAAGAGUUCAACAAUGCCGUGCGGAUGGAUGGAGCUGACGAUUCAGUCUACGCAGCUAAAUUCCCAUUCAAGAGUGUCCAUUACCUUCUUUCCGUUGCGGUCGCGAGACUGAGGGAGAUCGCGGGCAAGGCACCGGGCACCACUUACAGGGGAAUUACAAGACCGGUAAUACUUCCGAAAGAACCGAAAAUGAUAUUCGGCUCCUUCACAUCUUCGUCGCUCGACAGAAGUAUCGCCAAGAAGUACGGCGAUCAGACCUUCUUCGAGAUUAAAUCUCAGUUCGGUGUCGCAAUCCACCAGUAUUCGCGUAAACCCGCGGAACAGGAGGUGCUCAUCCCGCCCUUUGAAGAAUUUGAAAUCACCCGUUCCCUCAACAGCAAAGGAAAAGACACUGUUUUCCUCAAGGGGGUGGGGAGUAAAGGGGUCCGGGUGAAAGUUGAGCGGGGGGCGGGCGGCGAGAUGCGAGUGGUUCGUAGCUCGGGGGCCACCUUUUCCGCCAGUUUGUGCCUGCUGGCGCUGCUGGUUCAUAUUUGCGCCUAA